GCUCUGUAAUUAGGGGCUCGGCUGAUCGGUUUGAUGGAGUCUCCUCUGACGCUCAGGGUGAUGUGGAUUCCCCGGUAGAGGCGAAAGGCAGAAAUCCCGACCGGCCCGAAGGAAACGCACCCGGAGCAAGGAAAACUGCAGACAAAAUGGUUACCGGAGCAGAGCAGAACAUCAUGAAGCACCCUGAGACCCCGCGUCCCUGAAACACCCAUCGCCACAGGGAGGACCCUCCAGAAACCGCGCGGGGCGGAAAAACCAAAAUGAGGCUCUUCCGGAGACGCUACAGCCCCUUGAAGGUGGCUUUGGCAGGCGCCGUCUUCAUCAUCUUCCUCUUCAUCCUGCAGAAGGAUGUGGGGAACAAGGACCCGAGCGAGGAACCCUGGUUGAAGAACAUCGUCCAGGGGAAGGACCAAGUCCUCGACCUGAUGCUGGGGGCGGUCAACAACAUCCGAGACUCGAUGCCGAAGCUGCAGAUCAGAGCUCCGGUUCGGCAAGAGGAACCGCUGCCCAGCGCUCGCUCCUGCCUACCCGGCGUCUACACGGCGGCGGAGCUUCGGCCGCUGAUGGAGAGACCCCCCCAAGACCCCGCCAGCCCCGGAGCCGACGGCAAAGCCUUCAAGAAGGAUCAAUGGACGCCGGAGGAGACGAAGGAGAAGGAGCGAGGUUACGAGAAGCAUUGCUUCAACGCCUUCGCCAGCGACCGCAUCUCCCUCCAGCGAGCGCUGGGACCUGACAGCCGCCCGCCGGAGUGCAUCGACCAGAAAUUCAAGCGGUGCCCCCCCUUGCCCACCACCAGCGUCGUCAUCGUCUUCCAUAACGAAGCUUGGUCGACGCUGCUGCGGACGGUGUACAGCGUCCUGCACGCCUCCCCAGCCCUCCUCCUGAAGGAAAUCAUCUUGGUGGAUGAUGCCAGCACGGAUGAGUACCUGAAGGAUGAGCUGGAUCGCUACGUGGAGCAGCUCCAGAUCGUGCGAGUCGUGCGGCAAGAGGAGCGUAAAGGGCUGAUCACGGCACGGCUGCUGGGGGCCAGCGUGGCCAGCGGGGAGGUCCUGACCUUCCUGGAUGCCCACUGUGAAUGUUUCCACGGCUGGCUGGAGCCCCUCUUAUCCCGCAUCGCCGAAGAGCCCACGGCCGUCGUAAGUCCCGACAUCGCCACCAUCGAUCUCAACACUUUCGAGUUCUCCAAGCCCGUUCAGAACGGCAAACAGCACAGCCGGGGCAACUUCGACUGGAGCCUGACUUUCGGCUGGGAGGUCGUCCCACCCCGGGAGAGGCAGCGGAGGAAGGAUGAGACCUUCCCCAUCAAGUCCCCAACCUUUGCCGGUGGCCUCUUUGCCAUCUCCAGGUCCUACUUCGAGCACAUCGGCUCCUACGACGACCAGAUGGAGAUCUGGGGGGGCGAGAACGUGGAAAUGUCCUUCAGGGUCUGGCAGUGUGGGGGUCAAGUCGAGAUCAUCCCUUGCUCCGUCGUGGGUCACGUUUUCCGUUCCAAGAGCCCCCACACCUUCCCCAAGGGCACCCAGGUCAUCUCCAGGAACCUGGUCCGCCUGGCCGAGGUCUGGAUGGACGACUACAAGGAGAUCUUCUACAGGAGGAACCAGCAAGCUGCGCAGAUGGCCAGAGAGAAGACGUAUGGUGACAUUACAGACCGGCGCAAGCUGAGGGAGCAGCUCCACUGCAAGAACUUCACCUGGUACCUCCAGACCAUCUACCCAGAGAUGUUCGUCCCUGACCUGACUCCAACUUUUUACGGAGCGAUAAAAAAUGAGGGCACCAAGAGCUGCCUGGACGUCGGUGAGAACAACCACGGUGGGAAACCGCUCAUCAUGUACCCCUGCCACGGGAUGGGGGGCAACCAGUAUUUUGAGUACACGAGCCAGCAGGAGCUGCGGCACAAUAUCGGGAAGGAGCUCUGCCUGCGAGCGGGCUCGGGAUCGGCCGAGCUGGGCGACUGCCAGUACCGAGGGAAGCCCGGGCGGGUGCCGGCUAACGAGGAGUGGGACCUGACGCAGGACCGGCUGAUUAAAAACCCAGCCUCCGGUACGUGUUUGACGGCACGAGGGAAGCACCCGGCGAUGGUUCCCUGUGACCCGACGGACCCCCACCAGCUCUGGUCCUUCACCUAGGCAGAAAGCAGAGUGGCCCAAGCCCCUGGCCGUCCCCAACCGCGCUCAGGAAACCAGAAUCCAAAAAAACUUCCCCUUUUUUUAAUUUAAGAAGCGAAAGCCUUAAAUAUGCUGCAUUUCAUGGUUGCCUUGAACUAAGUCCCGUGCCUUUGGAGCGGGGAAAGCCCAGGGAGCGGAGCUUGGCCAGCGGUACCCCACGGAGCCCAAAACGCGGCGGUCGUAGUGAUGCCUGAGGAUGCUCUUUGGUACCCAGCUGCUGCUCAUCCUUCCCCUCCCCGGCUCCAGCCAGAGACUCGGAAAUUCGUAUCGAGCAUUGAAAAACACGGCCACGCCGCCCUGCACGUGAAAGCAGGGUGGGAAACUCCUGCCAGCGAGGAGGAGGAUGGCGACUGGCCCUGCGGCUCGUCCCGUGGGAGGGUGGAUCGUGGUUUGUCGUGGCCCCGUGUGGGUAAUGGAAUCCCCCUCAGCUCCCAGUACUGCCAGGGGGCUGCCAGGAUCUGGCCCUCGCCCGCCAUGGCCCUGCAAGCAUCAUGUAUCACUGCUGCCAGGGUGGGAGAAGUUGGGCUGUCUGCCUUAGAUAUCAGGCUUGAUUUGGGGGGGGGAGUUAGAUUUUUUUUUUUUAUUUUAUUAUUAUUAUUAUUAUUAUUAUUAUUAUAUGAUGAUGAUUCCUGGGUGCGAUUCUGCUCG